AAUUCGUCGUCGAGGGGUACAGUGUCUCUAAAGCCCAAUCUCCAGCGAAUUUUCAAGGCUAUUCAGUGCAUACGUUUCAAAAGACAGGAUGCUACUAUGAAUCUCCUAGAGAUUAAAGGAUCGUCCUUUUGGAUCGUCUUUUGUACUUCAACCGACUGCCACACCCUAACAUAACAGAAUUUCGGGGAAGGCGCGUUAAAAAUAGGACCAUGUAGCACCAAGGCGAAAACCAAUUCUGUUGUCAAAGUGUGGUGGCACGUUCCGAGCGUUUACGCCUAAUGUCCUGAGGAUGGAUGAAAACUCUUUUGAACCCUACAAUAUGAUGAAGGUUUCAAAAAAGGGUGAAACUAAACACAAACUUUGUGCAUCGUUGCUACCAUCGUUGUUGUGUUGCGAUAUUUUCUAAAUCUAAUCAAUAUUUUUAACCUUAAAAUCCGCUCGCUAUACUUUUUAUGUUUGUCAUUUAAUUUCUAGGUCUCUAGAAGUAUAAAGCAUCAUAUGGAAGCUUGUAAUAUAAAGCUUGUGAAGCUAACGCAUGCUUCAUGAGCAAUCCAAUUCAAUGUUUUUAACUGAAUUGAACUGAAUUGGAAAUUCCAGCUUCUGUGAACUUAGACGUUGCUUUACAAUAUUCCCAGGUUCUAAUGCACUUUUUGUUAAACCAAUUACCCGACCCGUGUAACUUUCAAAAGAGCCAAAUCAUCGUUUAGGCUGCAAUGUAAUUGGGUCAUUGGCCUGUUACAUAAUUGGCGGGAUGAAUGCAUGUUAACGCGGAGUCAUUGGUGCCUGAUGGUUCAGAACAAAACUGGUGUCAACACGUAAAGGCUCCACUGCACUUUCUCAAAGUGUGUAGUUUAACAGUGAAUGUUCAUGGAAUACUUAUGAUUUCCAACUACACGACGCAUCGUACAUUGUGGAAGCUUACUAGCGGCUAUAAUUCGCUAAACUUUGUCUUUCUCGCGAUUUUACAGUAACUUCUAUGUCGCAAUCAAUUUAACUGUCAAGAAUUGCGAGUUUUUAACAGUGGACAAAUCAGAUGCACAGACGUUUUUAAGUAUGGGUCAGACAAUGGUAUCUUUUGGUGUAAAAGGAGAUGUCUUCGAAAUGACUGAAAAUGCCUAGUUUCGUAUGUAAUGCGAGUCGUCCCUUAGCUGAAAAUGAUCUGCAUCAAAGCUGGUAUUUCAUUUCUGGCUUUGCUUUCACUGAUGUCACCAGUAAAAGUGGCUGUGACUAAUGGUACACACACUAAAACCAACGACACCAUAACAGAAGGGAGCGGUUUUAAUACUGGAAACCUAACUUACCAUGAAAACUACCAAGGAAAUAACCGAUCGAGAAAGGAUUAUAUAGUUGCGAUUGAAGACGACGCUCCGAUGGAGCAACAUUACGACCCAGUCUUUAUGAUGCUGAAAAAGCUCGCAAAAAGAACACAGGGCAAGAUGGCUGUCCUAGAUUACUCUAAUGCUAACAAAAGAUUCUUCUCUCCAUUCCUGUCAAGAAUGCGAUACCGGAAUCCUCUUUUUAAUGAUGAUGAAACUAACUAUGAUGAUGAUGAGGAUAAUUCCGAAGACGAAGAAGAAGAUUAUAAUUUUAGACCAGGAGGAAAACAAAGUUUAAUCGGCCGUAAUGUGAUUAAUAACUUCUUAGGAUUGAAAAGGAUGCCCAUGGAGGAAGAGAGGCUGGGGCCAAGGGAUAACGUUAGAACGCUUGAAGACGAGGCAAUGGAUAAUAGGGGGGCUGCGUUUGCUCCGCCUGUCGUCUAUGAGAUGGAAGGAGAGAGACAAGAUGAUUAUGAUGAUGAUGAUAAUGAUGAAGAAGAUGACAACGCAUAUUCAAGAGGAUUAUUCGGCAAACCGCCAAUGUUUUUAUUUGGAAAUGGUGACUAACAACAAGAACGAGUAAAUCUCGAAAAGCUGUCAAAUUAUCCUUAAUAAGAAAUAUUUAAUUAAACGGUAGCAGUGAGUCUUGCUGUAAAAGACCUAAUUUGGGUUGAGCAAUAAUUCUUUCUGCAAAUUCGAAGGCAAACAUUAACAACCAAUAAUUGAACAUUUAGAUAUUUUUCUCUUUCAUAAAAGGAUUAUUAUUCUAGGGAUGUCAAUUCAAUAAAACUGCUCAGUUAUAACUUAUUCCAGGGCAUCGCCUUCAAGCGAAGAAACGCACAGUUUGAAAAUUCUAGAAAAAUUAUUGGCACCUUGUUUGAAACUACAUUUGAUGGAGAAAUCCCUUUGGUCAUAGUCAUGUUUAUAUUUACUCGUUUGAACAAAAAAUUAAGAGUUUUUUGAGAUUAUUAUUAUUAUUACUAUUAUUAUUAUUACUAUUAUUAUUAUUAUUUUAUUUUUUUCUCAGUUUUUCCUUUUACCUUACGAUUGUUAUAGUAUUUUCUUGUAAAACCAGGCUAGCCAAUU